UUAUAAAUUAAAAAAAGGAAAAAUAACCCAUAAAACCUGUUGGCUUCCACUUUCAGACAGAGCUCCAAAUCCCAUAUUUCCCCUUUUGCCAUACCUAACAAGCAGAAGGUACAGAGGUUUUCUUGUGCGUUAUCGAGUCGAUAUAAAACCUUCACAAAGUAUGGGGAACAGUGAAUCAUCACCCGACGAAACGUACGGUAACUUUUCGCAUCAAGAGGCUACACCGUACGAGGGACACUCGAUUAGUACUAGCGCCCGACCGGAAUCUCCGGAACAUUCUAGAAGGUCGCUACACGCUAAUCAUCAGCAUCAUCAUAAUCAGACCGGAAGUUCGACAAACACGAACUAUCGAAAGAAAAAACACCCUGCACACAUUGCCGACAACUUCAACUCUUUGGACCAGGUAAUCAAUGCAUUGAGAGAAGCAGGCCUGGAAUCGUCGAACUUAAUCCUCGGAAUUGAUUUCACAAAGAGCAACGAAUGGACAGGGAAGCAUUCUUUCAAUAGGAGAAGCCUCCACGCAAUCGGGAGAACACCUAAUCCGUACGAGCAAGCCAUUAAUAUCAUCGGGCGAACUCUGUCUCCAUUUGAUGAGGAUAAUUUGAUACCUUGUUUCGGAUUUGGCGAUUCAACAACACACGAUCAGCGUGUAUUCAGCUUUUAUCCCGAUCAUCGACCUUGUAAUGGAUUUGAGGAAGCUCUUGCCCGAUAUAAAAUAAUUCUUCCGCAUUUGAAUUUAUCAGGGCCAACGUCUUUUGCACCGGUGAUCGACGCUGCAGUUGAUAUAGUCGAAAAGAGCGAUUUUCAGUACCACGUCCUCGUCAUAAUCGCAGAUGGGCAGGUAACUAGAAGCCCUGAUACAGCACCUGGAAGGUUAAGUCCUCAAGAGCAAGCAACAAUGAAUUCUAUAGUUGCUGCAAGCGAAUAUCCUCUCUCGAUAAUUCUCGUUGGAGUUGGGGAUGGACCGUGGGAUGCCAUGCAAGAGUUUGACGAUAACAUUCCUCAACGAGCAUUCGACAAUUUCCAGUUUGUCAACUUCACGAAAAUAAUGUCGGAGCAAAAAGAUGCAGCUAAAAAGGAAUCGUCUUUUGCACUAGCUGCUCUAAUGGAAAUCCCACUUCAGUACAGAGCAACAUUAACACUGCAAUAUAAAGAAAAAUACGGUUCGGAGCCUGGUAGAAAACCUUUUCCUCCUCCUAGUGGAGUAAUCGAGCACGAUAAUGCAAUGAAGGCGCUCCCACAUUUGAAAAGCUUCGAACCAGCUGAAUCUGGAUCGUCAGCUGAGCAAGUAUGCCCGAUUUGCUUGACGAAUCCAAAGGACAUGGCUUUCGGAUGCGGUCAUCUGACAUGCAAAGAUUGCGGAGUGUCCCUAUCGUUAUGCCCCUUGUGCAGGCAACCUAUUACUACUCGACUACGGCUUUAUGGUUGAGAACAUGUCGAGAUUUACAGUUGAUCGAUGCAUUUAAGGAUACAUUUUACUUAGUCUCGCGUCGAAAUUUAUAGUAGUGCUUGUGAAAAUACUGCUGUAUAUUUAACCAACUCAUACAUUCUUGAAAUUCAUCCUUGUAAUAUAUUACACUCACUUUGUUGGAUUAGAUUUUUUUUUUUUUUU